UGGACCACGACCUUCCACCUUCCACUGGCAGAAGGAUGGCCCAAGGGAUGUCUGCUGAAGAAUCCUGUAACCGUGCUGGAAUUCGGAACAUAGUUCCUCCGGUUUUCAACCAAGCAGCUGCAGUCUACGAUCCCCCACCGCCUUAUCCAUCCCAAGAACGACGCUCACGCGCGACUCGACAUAGUCGGAGGCAUCGCUUACCAGCGCCAUUAUCACCGCAGCCUCCACCAGAUUUAGAUCCUACUUCGGGAUAUAUCUCCCCUCAAUUAUCAGUCUCAACUCGUUCGUUCCCUCGGACUGAGGAUGCCACAGAGCAGACGCCACUACUUGGUGAUUUCCUGCCAGGCUCCGCCCAACGUUCGUCGGGACGCCAGAGGACAUAUUCGCAGUCGAGCACAAUUGUUUCGUCCAAUUCGUUUGCCCCCUCUCUAGCGCAAACAGUGCUAUCCCUGCUCCAUUCUGAUCCAGAUAUCGAAUCUGACGUUGACAUAUAUGAGGCGAUCGGGGAUGACCGUGACUACCCAUAUGCACACGAUGGUCAUCCGAGGCGUCAGCAACGUCCCGGUGCACUAACAGAAUCACAAUUUGGAAGCUCGCACCGGCGGUCGCCGUUUUCGCGGCGCUUCUGGUCUCGUUACUUCCGACCCAUGACUCGCAGAGCAUACCAUGCAGCCGUAUUCCAUCUUGUAGUGCUCAAUUUUCCCUAUGCCCUGCUUGCAUGGGUUUACCUUUUUGUAUUUACUUUGACUGGUACAACAUUAUUAAUUGCCUUACCUUUGGGUGCUCUCCUAUGUUUCCUCAAUUUGCUCGGUGCCAGGGUGUUUGCAAGGGGAGAACUCGGUCUCCAAACAACAUUCCAUGGGCCUCUUGCUUACCCACUUCCCUAUCCGCCCUUACCUAUCUUCCAGCGGGUGCGGCCACCGCAAUUGUCUGACGUGGAAUCAGGGUCACCGUACCAUGAAUCCUCAUUCUACAAAAACACGAUAGCCAUGUUCACGGAUUGGACAUCCUAUCAGGCGUUAUUUUAUUUUUUGGUUAUCAAACCAAGUAUCACUUUGUUUCUAACCAUCCCUCUACUGGUAGUGGUCCCUGUGUCGUAUGUGUUGGUGUUUCCCGCCCCAAUGGUUCUUAGAAUUGUUCGGAAGCUGGGAAUAUGGCAGGCCAAUGUUGCUGUAGAAGGGUUAUACUUGGCGGUGUCGUGAUUCCCGAUUCAUUCAAUAUUUAGGAGUACACAUGUAUCUACUGUACAUAGAUAUUCGCUUUUUCCAGAA